AUGUGUACUGAAAUGGCCUUAAUGGGGAAACGCUAUACGCCAUUUGAAACAAUUGGUGCCUACGUAACUCUGCUUGAUAUACCUGCUCAUAUUGUCGAUCUCCUUAAUGCUAAUGGGAAGAAUAUAGGUGUUGAUGUUGAAAUAGGAACUAGAGACGUGUGGAAAUUUCUCAACGAUGUACUGCGACGGUACUACGGUACCCCUCUGUGGAUGGGGCCGGAUCGAGGAGAGAUGGAGACAAAUCCCGAAGGGAAAGAAGCUCCUCAGGAUGUUGAUCAAAAAUACUCGGUUGAAGAGCUAUUGCAAGGAGGGAGUACCGCCACUGCGAACGAGGAGGAGCAUGACAUCAAAGAAGUGAUUUAUGAUAUCUUCGAAGACGACGAAGAGUCGGUGGCUUCAGUAGAAUCGAGUGGUUCCGAGUACAAGCCCGAAGGACAAGUCGGAUUCGGAGUACGAGCCGGAAGAAGAAUCUGA